GGACAUGGACCAUGGAAACACUAUCUAUUGCGAUGAUAUCGGACUUCUUCCACCCAGCGGUGGGAGGAGUCGAAAACCAUAUCUACAUGCUCAGUGCAAAUUUACUUCGUAAAGGCCACAAGGUAAUAGUAAUAACCCACAGCCACCCCCAAGGACGCGUUGGCAUCCGCUGGCUCCUCCCCUGCCUCAAAGUCUACUACAUCCCCUUUCUCCCUAUUGCCUCCUCGGCAACGCUUCCAAACUUCUUCACCUCCCUUCCUUAUUUGCGCACAAUUCUUCUUCGGGAACAUAUCCAUCUCAUCCACGCGCACGCAAGUUUGUCGUCUAUAGGCCAUGAAGGGAUCCUGCACUCCCAUUUGAUGGGUAUCCGAACAGUGUUCACAGACCACAGCUUGUUCGGCUUCGACGACGCUGCGAGUAUAUUGACAAAUAAGCUUAUGGUGGGCACGUUGAAGAAUGUAGACGCCGUGAUCUGCGUUUCUCAUACUGGACGAGAAAACACGGUCCUUCGCGGUCAACUAUUUGACAGGGACUCAGAAGACCCAUCAAAGCUCGUCGUGAGGUCGAACAUCUACGUCAUUCCUAAUGCCAUUGUUGCAGAACACUUCAAACCCUGCCCCCAACCACCUUCGGAUACCAUAACCAUUGUUGUUCUCUCCCGUCUCGCGUACCGCAAAGGCAUUGACCUCCUUGUCGCCACCGCACCCCGAAUCUGCGCUUUAUUCCCAAAUGUGAAUUUUGUUGUUGGCGGAGACGGCCCCAAACUAAUCGACCUCCUCCAAAUGCGCGAAAAGCACCUCCUUCAAGACCGUAUAGAGCUCCUUGGUCCAGUUCGUCCAGGGGACGUCCUUUCCGUUUUAUCACGCGGCUCGAUAUUUAUGAAUACCUCUCUGACGGAAUCAUUCGGAAUCGCCAUCUUAGAAGCAGCAUGUGCGGGGCUUUAUGUUGUUUCUACGCGUGUGGGCGGUGUGCCAGAGAUAUUGCCAGAGGAUAUGAUCAGUUUCGCGGAGCCAGAGGAAGAUGACGUCGUCCGUGCCAUCUCUGAAGCUAUAUUCAUCGUCAGUCAAGGGAAACAUGACCCCCUCCAGGCCCAUGAGCGGAUGAAGACGUUCUACGACUGGGACCAGGUCACGGCACGCACGGAGGUCGUAUAUCACACUGUCAUGCGAUCCAAGCAAAUAGAGCUUUGGGAGAGGAUGCAGAGCACGAUGGCGCUAGGCCCAUUCGCAGGACCGAUUUACACCAUCAUCCUCAUCGUGGAUUGCAUUUUUUUCUUGUUCCUCGAGUGGUGGUUCCCUAGGGAAGAUCUGGAUUUCGUGCAUGAUCACUGGGAUCCGAAGGUAUUCGCAGAGGUGGGUCUUCUGUUUUCUCGUUCAAGUUUUACGGGUGACUUCAUCUGUUUUUGCGUAGCUCGUAAAAGAUGA